AUGCCCCCACAGACAUUAGCGUUUCAGUCAAACUUUGGUUUUUCGUCCGCAAUCAAUCAAGGUAUUCAAAAUACGUUUACAUUAGAUGGAGUCUCCGACGUCAAUCGCUGGGCCUUCAUGCCGGUUAGAGUUGUGUAUCGUCGUCCGGAAGGAUUAACAUUUGACGGGAGAAAUGUCCGCCAGGGACAAAUCCAAGAUGGAUUUGACAUGUAUAACCCGACGAUAUAUAAUCAGAUGAAAAAGUACAUGCAUCGAGGAACACCGGCUACGUAUCCUAAGUGUCCUAAAUACAAAUCAGGAGCUGGAAAAAUAUUCAUUGAAACAAAUGGUAUAAACUAUGCUGGUACUUAUAAAGACUUUGCCAUGAUUGACGCCCGCCAGCCAGUAACGGAAUCAUAUACCUAUGUCGGUUUCAGAAACCCUUCUCUUGGACCAAGCAGGACAUUUGUACAUGCUUAUGAUUCAUACGGUCGAGUGUGCCAACCGAGAUGUAUGGUUCGUCAUUCCAACCCACCCCGAUACGUUCCCUGUUCAGGGGCGAUAACUGCAAACACCCGCACGCCUCGGAUGUAUGGCAAUACCUUUGGUGAGGCAGUUCUCGGUCGAUGGGAUUUCAAAUCAGAAUACUGUCCCCAGUCUUUUAACGGGGAAGUAUUCAUGACAUUUUACUGUGAUUAUGCUAACGGGUGGCCAUGGAGAGACUGUAACAAAAAUAUCAAAACACCUCUGAUAGUUCGGACUGACAAACCGUCUUUUCUCACAAAAGUCAUCGCAAAGGGGGUCUGCCUCCUAGGUUUCACAGUGGUUGUGAGUUUGAUAGCCUGCUGCCAUGCCUUUGUAGAACCCAUUUCAAUGCCCGAAAAUUUACAGGAGUGCUACAAGUUCCGUACCGGGAAUAUUAGCAUAACGGAUGUCCCUUCACAAGACAUAAACAUGUUUUGCAUCACACAGUUUCUGUAUUCUACCAAGGAUCUCCGUCCACAGCGUCCAAUUGCGAACGAAACUCUCCUUUACGCCCAGGAGCUACUGAGACAACUUGUCCAUAAGCAUCAACACCAUAGACGUUCCAAGAGGCAAUCUAAUCCUAUGGUAAGGCGAGAGAUUCGUGUCCUCAGUCGGGCAGAAUGGAAUGCGUUUACGACCAGGCUUAAUGAACUGAAACGGAGACCAGUAGGCGAUAUUUUCGGAUAUGACGCUUUGGCAGAUAUCCAUAGACUAGUGGUAGACACUGCACACAACGGUCCGAAUUUCCUUGGCCUGCACAGAGUUUAUCUAGCACUACUAGAGAUCGCCUUAGGCAUGCCAAUUCCAUACUGGGAUAGUUCUUUUGAUUUCUACAUGGAAGAGCCUACGGAUUCCGUCAUCUGGACUCCCGAAUUUUUCGGAAAUGGCUUCGGUGCCUUGGAUGAAGGGCCUUUCCAGUGGAUGACGCCUGAGGGUGUACCAUUAAUUCGUAAUAUAGGUAAUGCCGGAACCUUAAUUAGUUGGGAUGCCAUUGCAGCAGUUCUAUCGAGGAGGUUCAAUGGUGAGAUCGUAGAACCAAGUCAAAAUCCUGUAUUCAGUUUAGAAGCUCAUCAUAAUGGUCCCCAUUUAUGGAUGGAUGGACAGAUGUCUGCUCUCGCCACUUCUGCUCAGGACCCGGUGUUCUUUAUGCAUCACGCAUUCAUCGAUUAUAUUUGGAGUAUAUUCAGGUCGCAGCAGAGAGCAAAUGGUAUUGAUCCUUCCCUUGAUUAUCCACAAACCAACGCUCCAGGGCAGCAACCUUCAGAUCCAAUGAUACCAUUCGGGUUGCGUAACAUUGAUGGUUAUAGUAACUUCUUCGAGUCUCUGAACGUUUACGAGCCAUCACCUAGCUGUCCAUAUUGUGGCGGAAGUCAAUACCUGGAAUGUGUCGGCGAUCGUUGUCGAUCCAGGGUUGCUCUACGUUCAUCGGGUGCAGCUGGUUUUGCAUCUGGAGUUCCAAGCAGUUUUGGAGGUCCAGUAAGGUCACAGGCCACAGUUCAGCGUACUGGACCUUUGCCAAUUGGAAGACGAUUCACGUCAUUCUUUACGGAUCCCAGAAUUAGAGGCGAUACAAUGCCUAAUGCACCUUCAAAUAGAAUGCGAAGAAGCGUGCUCUCAUCCAACAACACAAGAGCAACUAAGAAUAUUAAAGACAGCACACAAAUUAACCGACCAUAUCAGAAUACGUUUGUAUUGAACGGUGUAAGUAAUGUUGACCUUUGGGCUUUUGUACCAGUCCGUAUUAUCUUUGAGCGACCUCCUGAAGUCCAAUUUGAAUCUUAUUUGAUUCAAAACGGGACGCUCGUAAAAAGCUCUGAUAUGUUUUCUCCGGUAGAGUUCAAAGGCCUGAAAGUUGAAAUAAAAAGAAAAAUGCCAGCGACAUACAAGAAAUGCCACGUUUCCGGUUCCGGCGCUUCCAAGGUUUACGUGCAGACCGACGGUAUAGACUAUUCCGGUCGUUAUAAAGACUAUGCUGUAGUAGAUGAGCGAUUACCAGUCUCGUCUUCUCUGACGUAUGUCGGUGUCAAAAACCCCACUGAAGGUGCAGCACAGUUCUACAUGACCGCGUACGACUCCUGUGGGCGUGUAUGUACACCCCAAUGCCUCAUUAACGGGAUAUACCAACCAUGCUCGGGCGCUUUUCGCAUUACGUCAUCAUUCCCUAAAAUGUACGGAAUUACAUUUGAAGACGCCGUUAAAGGAAUAUGGAAGAAAGGGAAAGGUUUGCUGUCCGAAGCGAAUGCAGCAGAGAUACCUGUAGCGUUUCUCUGUGAAAUACAUAGUACAUGGCCGUGGUCCUUUGGUAUCGAAAAUUUAUCUUAAUCAAAAUCUUAUUUAAUUCUUUUCAAAAGAAUUUGUUUUAAAUGUCUAGGUAUUGAAGAAAAUUAAAUGUAUAAUAAACUAAAGCAUUUG